UCCAGCCCGUCCUCUGGCCCCUCCCCACUGCCGGCCAGAGUCACACAUGUGUUUUCCUGUUUUCCAUUUCAGUCCGUCACCCUCUGCCUUUUCUGCUUCUCAGAGUCAACAGCUGCUGAAGUCACACCCCUGACUGUCUUAACUACCACCCCUCACCCCAGUGUGCCGAUAGCCCCCUCCUCCCUGCACUUGCCCAAAGGUCUCCAGACAGAGGGCAAUGCAAGCAAGCUGGUGAAGGCCUUCCUCCUCUCCACCAUGGUCGACAGCACCAAGUAUGAAGUGGCUGCCCAGCAUGAGGCAAAUACCUCUGCUCUGGGAGAUGGGGCCAGCCCAGGGGCCGAGCAGGUAAAACUGAAGAAGGAGAUCUCGCUACUUAACGGCGUGUGCCUGAUAGUGGGGAACAUGAUUGGCUCCGGCAUCUUUGUCUCCCCGAAAGGUGUACUCAUGUACAGUGCCUCUUUUGGCCUCUCACUCGUCAUCUGGGCUGUUGGGGGCAUUUUCUCCGUCUUUGGGGCCCUUUGUUAUGCCGAACUGGGUACCACCAUUAAGAAAUCUGGGGCCAGCUAUGCCUACAUCCUGGAGGCCUUCGGGGGAUUUCUUGCUUUCAUCCGCCUCUGGACUUCUCUGCUCAUCAUUGAACCCACCAGCCAGGCCGUCAUCGCCAUCACCUUUGCCAACUACAUGGUACAGCCCCUCUUCCCGAGCUGUGGUGCCCCCUAUGCUGCUGGCCGCCUGCUGGCCGCCGCCUGCAUCUGUAAGUAG